AUGAAUACGCUAAAAUCGGCCGCUCACCCGGCCCUGUCGGAGGAAGCACAGGCAGCCAUCGCGGUUAUCCGUGCACUGGUGGCCUCGCGCAAGGAAACGUCCAACGUGCUCAGUGUGUUGCGCGACUAUCGGCAGCUGGAGGGCGAUCCGCUACCGUACCGUAAGUUCGGUUUCAGCACGGUGGAAGAGCUUUUGCUUGCCAGCGAUGAGUUCGUGAUCAAAUCGAGUGCUGGCGAAUCGACCCGCAUCUACAUCAAACCGAACCGCGACUCGGCUCACAUACAGCAGAUGAUAUCGGCACAAAAGACGGCCAAAAGCGGAGGGUCCGGUCGGAAAUCGAACUUUGUCGCACUGCGCCAACCAACAGGACCGUGUAGUUCGAAGGGUUUCUCCAGCCAGACAACGGCGUACAGUCGCAUCUACCAGCAGAUGCCAAACAGUGGCCGUAACAAUAGCAGCACCAGUAACUCCGCGAAGAAGGUCACGUUUGGUGAGAAACCUUCUAUCACUCCGGCUAAUAAGGGUGGUGUCAAAUCGCAAGGAUUUUGGACGAAUGGCGGGAGCUCGCCUGCUAAGAGUCAAGGAAGCAGUCAGCAGUUGCGACCAAUCACUAAGACUAAAAACGAAACGGUUUCAAAGCGCAAUACGAACUCUACUUCACCCGAAGCCAACAAUAACAGCCGUUCGACGAAGAACUACAAUCUUAACGGUACAGCAGGCCAGCAGCAACGUCAGCUUGAUGCCAAUGAUUUACGGCACAAGCUGAACGAUGGUACCCGGACAAAGAAGGACUCCAAACUGAGCGGGGCUGCAACAGGACAGCAGCAGCUUGUUGCCGGUGAUUUGCGGCACAAGUUGAACGAUCGGAACGGUACACUCAGCCGUUCGUCGGUCGAAAUGCGCCAGCCUGACAAAGCACUGCCGACCGUUUCGUCCACUACUGUUGGGGUAGGUAACGCUACCCGGCAGGGUGUUUCGUUGGCACGAAAGCAGCUACCAUUUGCCGUAGAAGACAAAAGCACUAAAAAGCCACAACCGAAAACAUCGAAUGCACGAAAUGCAACGCAAUCGAACGAAACGCCUCGCAACAACGGUAGUAACAUAACGAACGCCGCAGUGGCUGGAUCCGGUCGGGUACUUCCCUUGACUACGCCAAUGCCAUACUCUCCUCUGCCACUGAUGUCGAUCGUGGUGCCACCAAACAACGUACGCACCUGUGUAAUGUUAAAAAGCGUAAAUUCAAGACUGAACGUGCCGAAGGCAGAUUUGCCUUCGGGCACCCCCAUAACCACACCGACCACUGGACUAACACCAGCAGCAGCAGCAGUGGCGGCAGCGGCAGCAGCAGCAGCAUCCGUUCCAUCGUAUCAACGUGCACAAUCCCUUGACGAAAGAAAGCCCAUUGCCUAUCCUAACAUGGCCGGCCGUUCGAUUUCGAUUCCACAACCCCCGAAUAUGAUGCCGUAUGUUGUACCGGCUCCCAAGCUUCCAACGUUGUCGGGUAAAAAGUCACUGCAGGAUCGACUGAAGAUCAAUCAGGAAGUAGCAGCGGAUGAUCUGGAAAAGGUGGCCAAACAACAGUCGCCGCCCAUUGUUGAAAGCAUGGACGUACCUGCGACGUUGACGACUCCUUCGGAAGAAAUAUCAAAACCCACCCCGGGCCCUAAUUUAUAUUCAAUGAAUUAUAACAACUCUUUUGUGACACUGACUGGGAAACCCGACGGUACCUUCACCUGGGACGAUCCGAAUGCGACGCCGGUUGAGAUAUUAAUGAAGUACAGCAUGCACAAAGGUUAUGCACGGCCAGAGUAUGGAUAUUACAAGCUUAAGAGCGGCCGAUAUCAGUGUCUGGUGAUGGUCAAUGGUUCCUCCUACUCGACCUACCCGGAGGACUACGUUAGCCAGUUUGAAGGUCAGUUUGCUGCGGCACUGAACGCGAUCGAAGCUAUCCAGCGUGACGAAUCGCGUCUUAAGUACAGCAAGUGUCUUGAUUCCGAUCGCGAUAUUGCGCACCAUAUACACGAGCUGUUGGUAAGCUGUCCGCAUGGUAUGUUCAGUAAAAACAUUCCAAACGCGUUCGAGGAAACACACCAUGCGCUGCUGCCGGACCAUUGGUUCGCGAUUAUUGACCAGUACUCCAACCAGCUGUUCGUGCUGGAGGAUGGACCGACCGGCGAUACGAUCGUGUUUGCGCGCGAACUGUUGUCCGGUUCCGAUGCCGCCUCCAACACAUCCGAGGCACGGGAGAUGGCCAUGAAUCAGCUUACGCUGCCUUGGGAUGAACAGUAUUGGAAUCUGUACGUUACGAAUCCUGUUUCGACGGUGGAGGUUUGGGCGCGACUCGUCGGCAAAGAGUACAGCGACAAAAUGGAUUCGCUCAUCACCGAUAUCGAAAUGUCGAUGAUGAGCGGUCAAGCGGAUGCUAAAAAAGAUGUUACUGCUGCAGUGGGCGAGUACUAUCUCGUGUCGAUCAGCGACUGCUGGUUCCGCGUGCGCGUGGUAGAGAUCAACUACGAAACCAACCAAUGUCAAUGCUUCUUCAUUGACAUCGGUGACAGCGAACAGAUCGCGCUCGAUCAGCUGCAUCGGUGCGAACCGCAGUACCUGGAACUGCCCGCCCAGGCCAUUUGCUUCACGCUCGAGGGUCUCGAAGACUUUAGCGAAAACCCGACCGCCAAGCACAUCCUCGGUCAGCGCAUCAAUCAUCGCGUGCUGAUCGGCAUGAUACUGUCGAAGCGUGAGGAGCACGAACGAACGGAACGGAUCGACGGUAUCGGAUCCGGCUCGCUGAAGGUGGUACUGUACGAUACGUCGUCGACUGAGGAUGAGGUCGUGAAUCCGAUUCUACUGCAACAUAUCUGCAAAGCCAUGCCGGUGCCGGAGUUGAACCGGAAGUCGGUCAACUACGUAAGCAUUACGUACGUAGACGACCAGGGCGACGUCUACUGUCAGAAAGAUGGUGCGAUGAACUAUAUUCAGAAACUGAUCACCAACCUGACACAGUCAGACGCCCUGGAAGAUCAACACCGGGGUCUGUACAACUCGAAAGCUACUGAACAACAGCUGUACCUGGUGCAGGAUGAAACGGACAGCAAGUGGUACCGUGCCGCACUGGAUGCGGAAGAAUCGGGUCCUUACUGUCGCAUGCUGUACGUCGAUAUUGGAUGCCGUCGUCGCGCGAACGUGCACAACAUUUACCGACUCGAUUCGCUCAGUCUCGGUCUGCGCAGUUAUCCGCCGCAGGCUAUCCGUAUGCGCAUGUUCGAGCUGCCAGGUUGCGGUGAACCGCAAAUUCUGGCGCGGCUACGCGCCUUCCUGAAACCAGCUGUUCCCGCCAUGGCUAAGGUGUUCUCGAUGGCUUCCGCCAUUCUGCCCCUGGUGAAGCUGUACGUGCACGUGUCGGACCGCGAGGCAGGCAACAACAUUCUGGUGUGUGUAAACGAAGCGAUCAAGAUCGAGAAAGAGCUUGAAAUGGGAUCAGAACGAAUCAAUCUGUCGCCACGCAUCGGAUUUACCGACGACGAUAAGUCGUCAUUUAACGGUUCCGGCUCAGACACUACCGUGAUUUCCCAGUCCACUGGGACCAGCUAUUCCUUGAGCAGUACCGACGGGAAGGAUCUGGCCAGCCGUUUCGAUGCCCUUCACGUAGGCAAGGGUGCAGAUACGAAGGCCCCUCCCUCCGGUCCACUACCACUGGCGAGUGGGAAUAAAACGAUCGCAAAGUUAGCAAAAAUAACACUCCCACUGGUGGGACAGGUGUUCAAUGUGAAGGUUACGAUCGCCAACAAUCCGAAGUUUUUCUUCGUUCAACCGUACUCUUACCUGCAGCAGCUGGACACGCUCAUGCUCGAACUGCAGGACUUUUGCAUGACGAAAGCUCAGCCGGUUCGGAAGGAGCAUGUUCGGCAGGGAGAAGCGUACGCGGCUGUUAACAAUCUAGGCCACUGGUAUCGUGCCCUGGUGGUUAAAAUUAAUCCGUUUGGACCAACUCCGAUCCAUGCGUAUUUUUGUGAUUUCGGACAAGUGCAGCAGCUGGAUGCAGGUGCGCUACGGGUGCUUCCGGCAGAGUUCCGUGUGUUGCCUCAGCAAGCAAUUAAAGCUAAGCUUUAUGGUGUUAAACCCUUGCACAACGACUGGACCAUAUCGGACGCGAUGCGGUUCAAGGAACUGACGGCCGAUUGCAACUUUGCCAGCGUCGUGCGCAGCAUCCAGGCCGACGAAUUGAAUCCCCAGGAGCAGCUAAUCGAGCUGGCACUGAUCGACGUGUCUACCGAGGACGAUGUGUAUGUGCAUAAAAUACUCGUUGACGAGGGUCGGGCCGUUUAUACGGCUGCACCACACACCGUGUAA